CCCACGGAUCGUUCUCGUCACCCUCCAGAGUCUCUCUCCCCCAUUCCUGGAGUCUCUCCGCCCAUCGCGGCUCAGCAGCCUCCUCCUCUCCCCCGCUGCCUUUCACCUCCUGCCUCCCAGUUGCUGCGAGCGUUCAUCAUGCGUGUGGACAGUGGCUGGAGUCUCCCCGUGUUCCUGUGCCUGUGCGUGGGAUGGACAGAGGCCCAGCAGACGAACUACACCAGGCCCGUGUUCCACUGUGGAGGGGACCUGGAGGCGGACCAGGGCUUUGUGGGCAGCGAGGGCUUCCCGAGCUUCUACAAACCCAACAGCAAAUGCCGCUGGCGCAUCACAGUUCCAGAGGGAAACGUGGUCACGCUGUCCUUCCGCAUUUUCGACCUGGAGGCCGACUCGCAGUGUCGAUACGACUACCUGGAUGUUUACAACGGACACUCCAACUUAGUGCAAAAGCUGGGCCGCUUCUGCGGGACCUUCCGGCCCGGGACCAUCAUUUCCACCACCAACACCAUGAUGUUAGAGAUGGGGACGGACGCAGAGACACAGACUCGAGGCUUUGUGGCCUAUUUCAGUGGAACCAAACCAUACGUAGAUGACGAGCAGUUCUGUGGGGGGAAGCUAACAAAAGCCCAGGGAGAGAUAAAGACGCCCAACUGGCCCGACAAUAAGUACCCGGCCGGAACCAGCUGCUCGUGGCUCAUCACCGUGGAGCCCGACAUGGCGAUUCAGGUCAAGUUUGACAAGUUCGCCGUGGAGGCAGACACGUACUGUCGCUUCGACUACGUGGCCUUUUUCAAUGGCGGCGAGAGAGAUGAUUCACGGCUGAUUGGGAAAUACUGUGGCGACGACGCCCCACAACCCAUUAUCACCAGUGGCAACGUGCUACUGGUCCAGUUCGUGUCUGACCUCAGUGUGACCUCUGACGGAUUCCUGGCCCAGUACACGAGCGUCCGCCGCGGUUCCCACACGCCGCGAGUGGACUCUGGAGCCGCUGUCCGGCCCGGCCCGUCCAAACCCGCAGUCAUACCCAGGAAACCCUCCCGCCCUGCCGCCACUCCACCGCCGCCUGUACCCACCACCACGCACGCGCCACCUCCCCCCCCCGAGCCCACGGCCAGAGCCGCGCCCGCCAAGCCUACAAGGGUCCGCGUCCCCGGCGGCGCUGCCCCGUGUCCUAAGGACUGUAAAAGACAGGGAACCAUCAAAAGCAGCUUCUGCGCCAGUGAUUUUGUGAUAACCGGGAAGGUGACCUCUGCGACCCCCGGGCCCCGCGGCACGCUCAAUAUCAACGUCGCCCUCAUUAAAACCUUCAAAACCGGUGAGCUGGCCAUCGCACAGGCUGGAGAAGCCAAGACGGUGAAGCUGGUGUCACAGUGCAGGAAGUGUCCACUGCUCCGCAGAGGUGGCAACUACAUAAUCAUGGGCCAAGUGGACGAGGACGGACGCGGAUCUCUGAAGCCCGGCGCCUUCACGGCGCCGUUCAAGCCGCCGCACCAGAGGUUAUUAACGAACAUCAGCAACCAGCCCUGUUAACGCCGCGCAGUGAACGCCCACGCUCCCAGACAUAUCAAACACGCAAAUCCACGACGUCAAUGUGAAACGCAAAUAUAUUAAAGCACAAUACUGCAGAAACACAUAACUCCAGCAUUUUAAAGGAUUAUUUUAUUCACACCUGCCAGAAUGCACGGUGCUAAUUUUUUAUAUAAAUAAAAGUUUUUAAUGUC